AAGGCGUUUCUCAGACUAGGCAGACCAGUGAAACUUUUUCUUCCCCCACUGUACAGGAAUUUUUUUUUCACUCACUCACUUUCAAGUGUUGUGUUACUGUAAGCUGAGACAAAAACGCACAAAAGAAGUCUGACUGAAUUUGAAAUUCAUGGAUUCCAGACUGCGCAGCGACAAUGCAGGAAGUACAACUACUAACUUUAUGGAGACUGCCGCUCAGUUUGUCCGAUGAAUUGGAAAAUCAGGUGAACUCUGCUCUCCUGGGAGAUUAGAGCAGAGCCGGCUCUGGGCUCACUGGCCUCACCUGCUGUGCCAUGGGGAUCCUUAACAUGCACACGGAAAACAACCAGGAACAAUAGUGUUUGCUAAUGUAACACGUGGAGGUUGUCAAACAAGGUUUAAGGACUGUUUUUGUUCUUUUUUGGGGUGAAGGUAAGAAGAUCAGGAGGGUGAUUCUUUUUUUUUUCUAACAAGGGCCUUUUGUUCCAAGCCAAAUGGUGAAAGUACAAGAUAUAACUGGAGGCUGGAGGAGAAGAAAUAUUUUUGAAAUUUUCAACGCUGCAACCUUCUUUGGCCACCCUUUUCCUGCCGUCAGCUGGAGCGAGUAAAAAUGGACGGACAAGGUAAAAACUCCAAAGAUCCUGGGAAGCAACUGAGUGACUCCUUUCGAGACACUUUGAGCAGUUUCUUUACACGGGACAGACCUGGCCCUUGUGAUGCAGCCGUGUUGACGGCUUACAAAGAACUCCCUAAUGGAGAGGAUAGUCAAAUAAACGAUGUGAAUGAAGAGAAAAGACCUGACUCAUCUGUUAAGGAUUCCUGUGGAACAGCUGAGGCUACAGGUGACCCAGAUCUGGUACAGGUCAUGAGAGUGAAAACGCACAGUGACACAGAAAAUGAGGACAUAGAGAGGCUCAAGAACUGUACAGCUUUAGGAGAGGAGGCAAGCAGUACUGCAGAGUCCCCGGGACCUAAAGGAGAACAAAAACAAGUUGAACACAUGGAUGAAGAAGAGCAGAAUGUGCCUGUCUUUAGGCCGCACAUGUUAAGAGAAAAAUCCCAAAUAGAAGCGAUUUUAUUUUCUAGUAGAUAUGGGAAUAGAGGUCGGUCUAGACCAACUUUGGUCUCUGGGAAGUCAAAAGACAGUUCCAAGGAGAAAUCUGUAGACGUCUCUCUACCGGAGAAGGAGAAUACUAAGCCGGACAGCGGUGAACAAUUGUGUGAAGAGUACACUGGUGUAGAUUGUUCUCAGCCUGUCCCCUCUGUCAUCUCUGGGCAGCCUAAACCAGAAGGUCCAGAUCUAAAUGGCUUUGCUGUACCUUCCUAUAAAGAGACAGAUCGUGUGGAGAUACCUGCUAAAAGAUCUGUGGAACAAUCUGAAGAGUUUCACUCCACCCAGACAUCGUCCUCUGUCUCUUCCAGCCUGAGGGCCUCUGAGAAAACAAAACAAUCACCAACCAAGACAGAGGAGCAACCAAACACUACUGAGGAGUCCAAACAUGACAGCCCACUAAGUGUACAAACACCCAAAACAAAAACUCCUAAAACAACUAUUGGGUCCCCAGUGUCAUCAGCUUCUUCCCCUUCCAAACUUUCCACCAGUACGACUCUCUCUUCGCCCCCUUCGUUCCAAAUGCCGGCUCUCUUCAGUGGUUUACGGGUGCUGAAGAAGGAUGCAGUGGGAGAAGACCGGGAGGUUGUGUCAGAGAUUAAACGGAGGGAAAAAGAUGCCGAUCUGGCCCUACUCAGCCUCAAGAAAACCGUUAUCAAAGCCAGACUUUUUCCUGAGCAUAUGGCAGCCUCCUCUUUGGGUAAGAAGCCCUCUGAGCCUAAAUCAUCCGCUGAAUUGAAAAGCAGGACAAUGGAAUCCCCCAAUCAGCUUGGCGAAGUCAAAAAGUCCAACGGUGAUAAGAAGGUUGAGCCUGUCAAUGGCAAGCAGGAGUCUGACAAUGGAGAAACAGUUGCAGAAGAGAAAAGUCCAAGCGCUGGAACUCCCACACUUGCACCAGAGAAAAAGAAAACAACAGACCUGGCUUAUGAAACGUUCAGGAGCAUUUUUGGCCCAAAGACUGUCAAAAGAGAGACAGAAGAAGUGGAUCUGGAUGCAGUGAAAAGAAAACUCAAGAGCGACAAAGAAAGUCUUCGGUCAAUUUUUGAAAGAACUUCCAAAUCUCCUGGAAAGGAAAUUCCAAAUCCAUUAGAGUCAAGUACAGAGGUCACUUCCCCUGCAGACAGUGAGGAGCGGACCCCAGGACGUCUGCAGGCUGUGUGGCCCCCACCCAAGCCUAAGGAUGAGGAGGACAAGGUCGGGCUCAAAUACACAGAGGCAGAGCAUCAGGCUGCACUCUUACAGCUGAAGAGAGAGUGCAAGGAGAACGUGGAGAAGAUGCGCUCGGAAUUUGAGCUCAAAAUUUUCCAAGUGCGAGGAGAGCACGCCGUCUCCGUGUCGCAACUGGAGGAAGUCAUUGCUAAGCUGCGGAGAGACAAGUCGUGCAGCACAUGCAGAGAAAAGGGCGAUGUCUGUGAUGUAGCCGUGUCCACCGCAGAUGACCUGACUCCUAAGACCUACCGCACUGUGGCUGCACAGACGGACAGGGAGACCUUCAUUAGGAGUCCAGAGGGGGAUGGGGGCCGGACGGCUCAAAGCCCCAAUCAGAAUCUGCCAAAGAAGCUCAACUUAGACUCCAUCGGACUAAACCUCAAAGCUGAACCAACCCCGGGCCUUUCUGGAGCAACACCACCCCCACCCCCGCCAGGGAUACCCCCGCCUCCCCCUCCUCCCCCCUUGCCAGGCCAAACUGUUGCACCACCACCACCACCUCCUCCACCACCUCCCCCUCCUCCUCCUGGUCUACCUGGCAGUGGACCACCUCCACCUCCUCCUCCUCCUCCCCCACCACCAGGCAUUGGGCCCCCACCUCCUCCUCCACCUCCAGGUGGCGGGCCGCCACCUCCUCCCCCACCUCCAGGCAUGGGGCCCCCUCCUCCACCCCCAAUGGGGGCAUUCGGGGAGAAAGGGGACAAGGCUCCAAGGAAGCCUGCCAUAGAGCCGGCAUGUCCCAUGAAGCCUCUGUACUGGACCCGGAUCCAAAUACAGGAGGACAAAAACAACAACACACUGUGGGGUUCUCUGAAAGAGCCUGACAUCGUCAACACCAAUGAAUUUGAGGAUCUUUUUUCUAAAGUCACACAACAGCCGAAGAAGAAACCCCUCUCUGAAACCUAUGAGAAGAAAGCAAAAACUAAAAAGAUUGUCAAGCUGCUUGAUGGAAAGCGUUCGCAGACUGUGGGCAUCCUGAUAUCGAGUCUGCACCUGGAGAUGAAGGACAUACGGCAAGCUGUUCUCAAUGUGGACAACUCUGUGGUGGAUUUGGAGACCAUUGAGGCUUUAUAUGAAAAUAGAGCCACUAGUGAGGAGAUGGAAAGGAUUUUGAGCCAUUUUCAGACAUCUAAAGAAGAUGAAGCCAAACUGCUGGACAAACCAGAACAGUUUCUCUAUGAGCUCUCCCAGAUUCCUAACUUUGCUGGCCGGGCCCAUUGUAUCAUCUUCCAGUCGGUAUUUCUUGACACUAUCUCCUCUUUACAUCGCAAGGUGGAGAUUAUCUCUAGUGUCUGCAAAGACCUACUGGAGUGUAACGCCUUACAGGAUGUAAUGGGUCUUGUUCUGGCCUUUGGGAACUACAUGAAUGGAGGUAACCGGACCAGAGGUCAGGCUGAUGGCUUUGGACUUGAGAUCCUCCCUAAGCUAAAAGAUGUCAAGAGCAGGGACAAUCACAUCAACCUGGUGGAUUACGUGGUUCUAUACUACCUACGUAAUUUUGACAAGCAUGCUGGUACAGAAAAGAGUGUGUUCCCUCUGCCUGAGCCUCAAAACUUCUUUCAAGCUGCUCAGGUCAAGUUUGAUGACCUCGCCAAAGACGUCCGAAAACUGAAGAGAGAUCUAACUGCUUGUGAGAAGAAUGUUGAAGAUGUGUGCUCCAAGUCACCAGAGGACCACCUGCAGCCUUUCAAGGAGAAGAUGGAAGCAUUCAUGUCUGCUGCUCAAAAUGAGCACUCUGCCGAAGAAGACCGACUCAACGCAGCUGAGAAGAGUUUCCAAAGCGUGGUGGACUACUUUGGCGUAAAGCCGAAAGGUGGGGAAAAAGAAGUGACCCCGAGCUACGUCUUCAUGCUCUGGUUCGAGUUCUGCAACGAUUUCAAGAAUGCCUGGAUACGACACAGCAAGAACAUCUCCAAGGAGAGGCUAAAGGAAGCUCAGGAAAACAUCAAGAAGAUCACAGCAGAUAAGACAGUAGAAACCAAAAAGAUCAACGCCAACAGUUUGAAAGAGAGGCUGCGGCAGAAAGAAGCCAGCAUCUCCUCCAGCUGAGUGAAAGAAGAGCUCUACCCCAAUCCGUCUGCGUUUACCACCUGCCACACAAUAUAACACAAUAAAUGCUCGCUGGACUUGUUGAAGUUUCUCUUUUCCCCUCUAAAAGGCACCAGACACCCCUCCCUUACGUGGCAGCACCUCCAUGUCGAGGGCUUUUCUUUUCAACCCCUGCCGCGAGGCUGCAUGGCUGACACAGCCGGAAUGAUGGGAGUCUUAAAGGUCAAAGGUUGACCUCAUUCAUCCAGCAUGGCGUGACCCCUCAGUGCCCAGCUUGUCAAAGGUCUCUGGGGUUUAGUGGGAUUCUCACCAGUGCCAGCUGACAAGUCAACAAGACUCCUGGUGCACUGUCAAAAACCGCCUGAAAUUUUUUCCAAUUUGUUUUUUGUCCUGAACCUCAUCAGCACAAAACGAAAAUACUCCGACACGUUCAAAGUGUUGAGCGACCGGUGCUGUUGUAGGAACAGAUGUGGCUUCCUGGCAAAGUCUCCUGAGAGGAAAAUCCCUGUUGACAAAACAGAUCUCUCACUCCUGGCAGGAAGUUAGCUCUAUCCCAGCAUCCCUUGCUGUAGCAAAUAGCUUUUCAUUUCACCGCGGCUCAUUAAAAGUCUUGUAAAUAUGUCAUGCUGCAAAAAUCAGCAGGAACUUUGCAGCUUUGGGGAGUAAGACAAAUGAACUGCGCUUUGCUGCAGAUGAAGACGCACCGAGCAGGAAUCCCUUCAGACAAGCUUAUGGGCUAUCCUGUGGAGGUUUUGGCUGUGCCAUGUGUGGUUCUGCACCAAAGCAGAACCUGGCAUCGGCCCUGGAGUUUCUCAAAUGCGUAAUUUGGUUCUAAAAACAGCAGAUUACAGGGGGUUUGGCCAUAUCUUUAUAUGAAGAAAAGGUUAUAUCUGCAGUAUUUUGCACUUCCCUGCUUAUAUAGCACGCUAUAAAUCACAUUAUGGUCUUGUACUUUUUUACACCUGUUUUCCUAUGCAAGAAUUUUCUGUAAAAUAAAAAAAAUCCUGUUAGAUUAUUUUAAAGAACAUGUAAUAAAAUUGUGUUUUAUGUAUGUAUGUGUUGAUUUGACAAGACUCCUGUGUCAUUUAAGUUUAUGUAAAAAAUAGUAAUAAGUUGAAACCAAAAACCUUUAGUUCUGUUCUACCUUGAGUUGUACUGCUGCUUGGUCGUCUAAUCAGGUGAGAUACAUAUUUUCACAUGGGUUGUGAUUUGAAAGCUGUGAAUAUUUGAAGUGGGGAAAAAAGUGAUUCAGAAAGAGUUUCUGCUUCUAGGAGUAACAUGGCUGCUUUUAGGUAGUAGGGUUUCACAUUUCCACCUCAAGCCAUGUUAGUUGUAAUACCUCAGAUUUACCAUUUAUAAGAUGAUCCAUCAAACCGUGUCUUAAUACAUAUUUUUAUCCUGCAUUUGGUGCCAUUUGUUUUCUAUGAUAGACUUUACUAAUAUAUAUAAUCUGUCUUUCAGAAAAGGUACAAGUUGAGCUGAUACUGGACAAUGGACUGUAGUCUUUCACUGUGCAUGUCCCUCCAUGUAACUGACUGGCUCUCAAUUAGGUGCUCUGUAAUUCUUUUUUUAUGUUUAAAUGACAGAAAUAAACUACUGGUAACAAGUCA